ACGCAGCCAUUAUUUAACCGACCUUUUCCAAUAACGAUUGCACCAAAAUUGACUGCGGAUUUGCAAAUUCUUUACCCCUAAAACAUGCUCCGAUUUUUGCGCUGCGCUCCCACCAUUCAAAGAUUUUAAUUUUUCUCUUCCAAAAUAAUGUGAAAAAUCAGGCAUUUUUGCGGAGAUAUUGAGGAAUUCUUUGCAGAUGGAUUGUUACUUCGUUUUCGUAAAUCCGAAGGGCAUAAUCUGAUUCUUAUAUAUAGACUACAUUUUUGUUCGAUUUUUUGAGAUAAAUGUCUGAAUUGGUGGCACGAACUGGCCGGCAGCAGCAGCGCUACGAGGACGGUUACCGCCUCAUUGCUGGGUGUAUUCCCUUCAAAUACAGGAAUUCUGAAGAUGGUGAUGGUUCACCUGAGAAGGUAGUUGAGGUGCUGAUGAUCAAUUCAACUAGUGGACCUGGUCUUCUGUUUCCAAAGGGUGGCUGGGAGAAUGAUGAGACAGCUGAGGAGGCAGCAGAGAGGGAAGCCAUGGAAGAGGCUGGGGUACGAGGUGAUUUAGUGCAUUAUCUGGGAUGUUAUCCUUUCAAGAGCAAAACACUCCAGGACGAGUGUAGCCCGGAAGGUUUAUGCAGAGCUGCCAUGUAUGCUUUGCACGUGAAGGAGGAACUCGAGUCAUGGCCAGAGAAAAGCCACCGGGAAAGAAGUUGGAUGAGCAUCCGCGAAGCCACGGGAUGUUGCAGACAUGUCUGGAUGAGAGAGGCUCUCGAAGAAGGGUUCUCAAAGUGGUAUGCCAAUGGUAUGAUCAGUACUUUGCCCAGCAAGGACUCUCCGAAUUCUUCAUCAGAUUAGCAUCGAAUUUUCUUAAGUAUGGUACCACAUUAAUAACUGAUCUUUGGUGCCAAAAUUCAAUUUAGUCUCUUUAUUCCCUUUGGAAAAACUAGGAAUGACUGAGAGCGAUAAGCUAAUCAUUUUGGUGGUGUAGGUGCUUAUAUAGUUUGGGAAAAUCUUCGUUAAAUUCAUCUACAUUUUGAAAGAGUUGGAAAAGAUGCAUUGUUUUUGACAGAAUCUCUUGCUUUUUUCUCUUUUGUAAUGUGCAGAAAUCAUCAUACAACAGUUGUAUAUUUCCACCAAA